AAAACUCUUCCAUUCCCACCAGAAUUCGUUCUACUACAGAUUAUCAUAGUGCCAAUUCAAAUAUAUAGUGAUUCGGUUCCAUUUCGAUAUACAGAGCGUUUUCCAAAGCUGCUUGAUAUAUUUCUUUUCCAAAAUGAUCGUUCUUUCGGCAGCGCUUUGGGCCCUUGUUUUUGGUGGUGUUUCACUCGAUGUGCAUGUUUUUGCCAGUAGUGAUUGUAGUGAUUGUUCGAUGCCAGUAGUUAAAUGCCAGCAGGGUAGAAUGAGCGGCAAAAUGUUCAAAACGCGCGAGGGUAGAGGAAUUUUUGGGUUUUUGGGUAUUCCCUUCGCGCUACCUCCGGUAGGCGAUCUACGAUUUAAGCAUCCGGUGCCUUCCGGGCCCUGGAAAGGCACCCUUAACGCCUCCAAGAUUCAUCCGGUGUGUCCUCAGAGGGACAUUUAUCGGCGCUCCGAACUGUUUGAGGGCGAGGAGGAUUGUCUCUAUCUGAACGUCUAUUCCCCGAAGCUUCCCACCGAAGAAGAUGCUUCACUUCUUCCUGUUAUGGUCUUCUUCCAUGGCGGCGGGUGGUUGUGUGGAGGAGGCAACACCAUGUGGUACGGUCCUGAUGUCCUACUGGAUCGAGACGUGGUGCUGGUGGUGCCAAAUUACAGACUUGGUGCUCUGGGCUUUCUGAGUACGGGGGAUGAAAUUGUGCCUGGAAACAACGGCUUAAAGGACCAAAACUUGGCAUUAAGGUGGAUCCAAUCGAACAUCCAGUAUUUUGGGGGCGAUCCGAAGAGCGUCACGCUUUUUGGGGAAUCGGCUGGAGGCGCCAGCGUUCACUACCACAUGAUGUCCCCAAUGAGCAAAGGCCUAUUCCACAAAGGCAUCGCGAUGAGUGGCACCUCGUUAUGCAUUUGGGCGCAAAGCCCCAAGACCGAAGGGGUGCAAAACUCCAAAAAACUCGCAGAGGCUUUCGACUGCCCCAAGGAACCCACUCAAGACAUGGUCGAAUGCCUGAGGAAAGUCGAUGCGAUGGACAUUGUGAAGCACGAUGUUAUUUUCAUGGAAUGGGACUUCGACCCCAUGAUCCCGUUCAAGCCCACCAUCGAGCCCAACGUGGAAGGCGCCUUCCUUACCAGUUCACCGACGGAUAUUGUUAAGUCGGGGCAAAGCGCCGAUGUGCCCCUAGUGGUGGGAAUAACUUCGCAAGAUGGGGCUUUGAGGGCGGCAGGCGUUCUCAACAACGACGCGCUGCUUGAAGAGUUGGCAAGCGCCUUUGAGAAAAACGUCCCCAUUAGUCUCAUGUACGAUAAAACAGCCAAGAAUAUCAGCAAAGUGACCAAGCAAAUUCGGGAGUUUUACUUCCAUAAUAAGAAGCUCGACUGGUCAAUGAAGGAGCAGCUGGUGAACAUGUACACCGACGGAUGGUUUUUGAACUGCGCAGAUGAAGCCGUGCAGUUGCAUCGAAACUACAGCAAUCACCCUGUGUAUUAUUACCUGUUUAGCCAUCGGGGAGUGGCGAGUUUCACCAAAAUUUUCGGCGGUGGAGACGUGGAUUAUGGAGUUUGCCAUGCUGAUGAUCUGCAGUACCUGUUUCCAGUGGGCGAUGGGCUUUUCCCAGACAAAAAACCUAGCGAAGACGAUAAGAAUGUGGCAAAAUUAUUUUCCAUGCUGUUCGCCAAUUUCGCUUUAACAGGCAAUCCCACUCCUGAAGUAUCGGAAGUUAUUCCAGAGCCCUGGAAACCAGUGGCGUCUGAUAAUAUGGAGUUCUACUCCAUCAAUGCCGAAUCUCCCGGCAUGAAAACUGGGCUGUUUUUAGACCGGGCCAAGUUCUGGAGAACUUUGGAGUCCAACCCCCGAGCCCCCCAUCAAAGCCCAAUUAAAGACGAAUUGUAAUCGUUGCCACUGGCCUAUGCGUUUUAGCAUAGAACAGCAGUUUUACCAAAAAAACUCAAAAUAGUUUAUUUCGGCUUUGCAUCAGCUUUCAACUUGUUUUUCCGCUUUUCGGCUCUGGUGGUUUUCACUUGAGGCGUCGCGUUUUGGGCUUCUGGAGAUGGGCCGGGCUCAGGCGGUGGAGGCACUGGACCCGCCUGGAUAUUGCACGUGUAGUUUCCAGGUCCGGGAUUGCAAAAAAUUAGUUCGCCGUUCUUGUCCGACCAUUUUACGUAGCUGAACUCGUACAAUAUCUGCAAGAACACAUCAAGUUCAACUGUUGUUUUCUGUCUGUUUAAUUAAAUAGUCUCCUUAUUUUCCUUA